AAACCCAGAUGACAGUUCUCGUUCAGUACACAAAGCAAAACGAUCGUAAACAACACAGGGAGCAACGCACAGAACAUGUUGUUCCGACGGCAUAAAUCUCGCUUAAUUUAGCAUUCACGCAACUGUUUUGCACAUAGUUUUCUAAUUUACUAAAAAGUGUUGCUAUUGCGCAGUGAAACCUCCACCAUGAACGUAUCAGACCUGACGGAUAUUGCGCUCCAAAUAAUGGGGUACAAGAUGUUCGACCGGAACGGUGUCCCCAUCGACUCGCUGGACGAUAUGAUCGUCAAAUAUCAAGCCAACAAAGAUGACCACUCCGCAUCCGCAAAGGGCAAAGGCACGAAACGAAAGUCGACCAACACACCGGCCAGCAGUCAGGAACAUUUCGUCAGCCAGUUUGGCCUGCCGGACUUUGAUAACCUGCUCGAGAAUCCCAAGCAUUACGUGGAAAUGCAAAUGCUCACAUUCGCACAGCAGCAGCAGGAUCGCCUGAUAGUGCUACGCACGGAAGAUGAUAGCAUGUUCAAAGCGUCGCUCAAAUCGGUGCGAACAGCCAUCGGGAAGAAGAUCGCAAAGGAUAAGCCAACGCUGAUGGCUAAAAUGAACAAAAUUUUCACCGCGAUGAACCAGGCGGAUGAAGCGGAGUUACUAUCGCGAACGAAAUACGAUUUGGAAGUUUGCGAACACAUCGUGCUGAAGCAAGGCAUACUGUUGCGCGAGUUUAACACACUGCUACAGCUGCUGAAACGCAUUAUGGAGGAUCUGGCCGGCAAUUAUGAAAAUUUCGAUUUUGCCUACUACCUGGUACAAAAGCUGAGCGAACAGAUUAAAACCCCGAACGAUUGAACUCGAUUCCUGUUCCGCUGUCUGGCGGAGAUUGGGUGUCCAAAACGUGGUGUCCAAACGCUCGUGAUCAUCAGAUAGGUUUUAAUAAACUGCUGCAUCUCUCUCACUCUUGUCGAACUCCCCGAUAAGAUGCAAAUCUA